AUGGGUGAGGCUGUGUUGGGCACUACAUCCAGACGUCCAAGGGGGUCUCUGGAUGGGAGCAGCUUCUUCAUGAAAACCGCCGUGUGCAAGCGCAGGGAGAGCCCGGAAGGUGACAGCUUCGCCGUGAGCGCUGCCUGGGCUCGGAAAGGCAUCGAGGAGUGGAUUGGGCGGCAGCGCUGCCCGGGCGGCGUCCCAGGACCUCGACAGCUGCGGUUGGCAGGCACCGUUGGUCCAGACAGCCGGGAGCUCGCGGGCGACGUUUUCCGAGAAGCACUCAGUGAGGAGGAAGAGGAGGACUUCCGGCUAGAAGUGGCCCUGCCACCUGAGAAGACUGACGGCCUGGGCAGUGGAGAUGAGAAGAGGAUGGAGAGAGGGAGUGAAACGUGCCCAGCCUCCAAGAAGCAGCUGAAAUUUGAAGAGCUACAGUGUGAUGUGUCUGUGGAGGAGGACAGCCGGCAGGAAUGGACCUUCACCCUGUAUGACUUCGACAACAAUGGCAAGGUCACUCGGGAGGACAUUACCAGCUUGCUGCACACCAUCUAUGAGGUGGUCGACUCCUCCAUGAACCACUCCCCAACAUCCAGCAAGACCCUGCGGGUGAAGCUGACUGUGGCCCCCGAUGGGAGCCAGAGCAAGAGGAGCGUCCUUCUCAACCAUGCUGACGUGCAGGGCACGAGGCCCCGAGCAGAGACUAAGCCUGCUGAGGAGCUGCGCAGCUGGGAGAAGAAGCAUCGAGCCCCCCUCAGGUUCCAGGGUGACAGCCGCCUGGAGCAGUCAGCCUGUUACCACCAUUGCGUAGACGAGAACAUUGAGAGGAGAAAUCACUACUUAGACCUCGCCGGGAUAGAAAACUACACGUCCCAGUUUGGGCCAGGCUCCCCUUCAGUGGUCCAGAAGUCAGAACUGCCCCCUCGCACCUCCAACCCUACCCGGUCUCGCUCCCAUGAGCCAGAAGCCAUCCAUGUCCCCCAUCGGAAGCCCCAAGGCACAGACCCGGGCUCUUUCCACUUCCUUGACACCCCAUUCGCCAAGGUCUCAGAGCUCCAGCAGCGGCUCCGUGGCACCCAGGACGGGAGCAAGCACUUUGUGAGGUCCCCCAAAGCCCAGGGCAAAGGCAUGGGUGUGGGCCAUGCUGCCAGAGGAGCCAGAAGCAAGCCUCCCUUGGCACCCUCUGUCCCUGCAAUGUCCCCCACUGCCCACCUGGCCACCAGCCCAACCCUCCUUCCUGUUCUGGCACCUCUUGGGCACAAGAAACACAAGCACCGAGCCAAGGAGAGCCAGGCUGGCUGCCGGGGCCUGCAGGCACCACUGGCCACAGGUACCGUGCUGGGGCGGGAACACAUGCGAGAGCUGCCUGCCGUGGUGGUAUACGAAAGCCAGGCUGGGCAGGCAGUCCAGAGACACGAACACCACCAUCACCAUGAACAUCACCACCAUUACCACCACUUCUACCAGCCCUAGAGCCCCCGUCCCCGGGCCCUAUCCGCCAUAUGAAGGACCCUCCCCAGACCCCCUGGCGUUGUUAUUCUAUUAAUUAUUGUUAUUAUGACGAUUAUUGUUAUUAAUAAUUAUUGUUACUCCACUAAUAUUUAGCUAGCCUUCAUGUAGAAGAUAUAUGGAAACACAGAACUAAAACUUUUUAUUUAUAUGUCGUGGGGAAUGCAUAACUCAUCCAAGAAGUGACUCUGGGUUUAGAAGGGGCCUGUAAAUGGCAGAGGCAUCCUUAGGGGGCCCCUUGAGCUGUGGAGUCUACAUGGAUCUUCCCAUCUUCCCCUAGUGCCAUGGGAGCCCUGGGGCCAGUCUCUGGCCUGGGCCUUCCCUGGCCUGGCAUCAGAGACCCUCAAGAUCUCCAGAGGACAAACAGCUGCUACCUCGUAGUGUUGUUCUGGUUUGAUUUUGCCCUUAAUUGACUGUAAUGUGCUACAAGGGAUUUCAGCGGACUGCCAACACACCACCUCCCUGCCACUGCGUUUUUAUGUCCCAACCUGAAAACUUUAGGAAUCUUUUCUGGCGUUACCUUCCCUACCUAUCCAGUGGGAUGACGUCGCUGGCCCAAGCCAGCCCCAUCUCUCCUGUUCUGCGCUCCAUGGAAACAUCCCCCUCCUCCACUCCCCCACCCCUCUCUGCAUCUGGAAGACCCACCCAUUAAGGACUGUCUCUGAAACCAGCCUUCUCAUUUUGGAAACCGUUAGAAAGAACCAACCUCAUAAACAAGCAUGGUUUUCCAAGGUUGUGUGGUAUUGGCUGUGAUGAGAGGGUGGAAGCCUCAGGUUUUACCAGCUGUGAAUAUGUGCCCACCUUUGUGGUUCUCUGAACAGUCUUCUGCAUCUAGAGGUAGAUGCCACCUACUGUGUCUCUGUAUCUUUCUAGAAAUAUAUGUUCUCAGGUAUCUUUGCUGGCACGUAGAAACCAGUGGUCAGGCUCUCUGGCUGCUUCUGGAGCCCAGAUGUGACACUGUGUGUCUCCUGGGGUGCUGGAUGUCUGUCAAGUACACAUAGUCACCACCCUGUGAGUAGUGGUCUUUCCUGGAGGGUUUAGAGGAUACAGACUA